AUGAAUUUUCCCAAGAACUUGUGCAUUGUGGUCUUCGCCGCGAUGCUAAUAAGUGGCAAUGGAGUUCUCGCCUUGCGCCUUAUUAUAGAUACCGACACAACACAGCCGAAGGUUCCUGAGUUUCACAAGCCAGAAAUGCUGCCUCUUAUUACUAUCCCAAACUUACCUAAACCUGAACUUCCUAAGGUGGAACUACCCCCUCUUCCUCACCUCCCAACUCUACCAAAACCUGAUAUACCCCCUUUGAUGAAACCUGAGUUUCCAGUCGUCCCUCAUGUGGCUAACCUUGAACUGCCUACUUUGCCGAAGCAAGAGAUUUCAAAACUGCCCAAAUUGUCACCUCUGCCACAUCUCCCAGAUCUGCCAAAGUCUACAGUGCCUACCAUCCCAAGCCUUCCCAAGGACAUAACCCUAAUCUCUUUCCGAGUAAUGUUACGUACAGUUAUUUUUGUGUACUCUUUGCGCACUUUACUGAUAUGA